UUAACAAUAUACAGAACGGGAACUAUGAAUGGUUUCAUCUAUAUUUCAGGUUUAUGAAAUUAUUACUAUGAAUUUCCUACAAUCACUGAUUCCAUCUCGUGAGCUGGUAUGGCCAGAAAGCCACUAUGGCAAGGCCGUCACAAUAUUCAUAGGCUUGGCAUCGUGCUAUGCUAUAAAAAGAUACAAAAAUGCAUUGCAGCGUGCUAAAAGGUAUGAAGUUGACCAGUUCAAGCACACUCCAGGAGUCAUUCUACUUCAUCAGUUUUCUCGAGGCAAAACCUGCAUCAACUUAAGUCCCUUUGCCAUUAAAUUGGAAACAUUCUUCAGACUGGCCAACAUUCCUUACAAGGUGGAUUGCUCCGUUCCAUUUGGCCCAAAAGGCAAGUGUCCCUGGGUCAAUUUUGAAGAUGGCCAGCCCAUGGGAGACUCUAAUUUUAUCCUUGAUAAAAUCAUAGCAGAGGAGAAGGCUAAAGGCAGCACUGGUCGCUUGCCCCCCGGUGAUGCCCUCAUUUCUGUACGAGAGCAAGGGGCCCUGGAGGGGAUCAGAGCCCUGAUGGAGGAACAGCUGUUCUGGGUUGUUGUUUAUUGGCGCUACUGCUUGGAUGGCUGCAAAUCAUUCCUGAAGAGCCAACGCUUCCCUCCCUUCCUGAACUUUGCGUUCCCCAUCUUCAUGGGGCGUGGCUUCCUCAAGAGGAGCCGGCAUCACGGCAUUGCUGUUCACAGUCCACAAGAAAUCUUCCACAUUUAUCGCAAAACUCUGAAAGCUCUUGACGAUUAUCUUGGAGACGCAGAAUAUUUCUGCGGGAGACUUCCUGGCACUGCAGACUGCGGUGUCUUUGGCAGCCUUGCUCAGCUCAUGUGGAACGCUCCUGACACUCCAUACAAGGCACUGCUGACAGGAGAGUUCCCCCGCCUGGCAGCCUACUGCGUCAGGAUGAAGGAGCGCGUUUAUCCAGACUGGGACGACCUCAUCAGCCAGGAAUACGUGGCCAUCAAGUGACUUUCCUCACGUCAUCGAGGAACCCAGCUCCAUUCAAACGCCCAGCUCCAGUGCAUUAUAGCGCCUAACUCUAAACACCAUUCAAACACCGAACCCAAAUCCACCAUGAGACCUAACGCUACACCACCAAGAGACAUAACGC